UCCUUCUCGCCAGGUCCCUGCCCCGCACCGUCUCCGUAUAAAAGCGCCGCCGCCUCUCCGCCCGCCCUCAUUCCCUCCCUGCCGCCUGCCGAGCCGGCGCUGAGCGGCCCUUCUCCCCUCAGCGCCCCGGAGCCGCGGGGCGGAGCGGGGCGGCGGCGAUGGCCACCGUCGUGGUGGAAGUGGACUCGGAGCCCUCCUGCAGCAUCCCCAACGCCACCUCGCCCAGCCUCUCUCACCGUUUCCUGGACAGCAAGUUCUACCUGCUGGUGGUCAUCGGCGAGCUGGUGACGGAGGAGCACCUGCGGCGGGCCAUCGCCAACAUCGAGCGAGGAAUCCGAUCAUGGGACACAAACUUGAUUGAAUGCAACUUGGAUCAAGAAUUGAAACUCUUUGUCUCUCGCCAUUCAGCUCGAUUCUCUCCUGAAGUUAGAGGUCAGAAGAUUCUUCACCACAGAAGUGACGUCUUGGAAACUGUAGUCCUGAUCAAUCCCUCAGAUGAAGCAGUUAGUACUGAGGUGCGCUUAAUGAUCACAGAUGCUGCAAGACACAAGCUCCUUGUACUAACUGGACAGUGCUUUGAAAACACAGGAGAACUGAUUCUUCAGUCAGGCUCCUUCUCCUUCCAGAACUUCAUUGAGAUCUUCACAGAUCAAGAGAUUGGUGAAUUAUUAAGCACCACCCAUCCUGCCAACAAAGCCAGCCUAACUCUUUUCUGCCCUGAGGAAGGGGACUGGAAAAAUUCCAACCUUGACAGACACAACCUUCAAGACUUUAUUAACAUUAAACUCAACUCAGCUUCCAUAUUGCCUGAAAUGGAAGGACUCUCUGAAUUCACAGAGUAUCUGUCAGAAUCAGUAGAAGUGCCAUCACCUUUUGACAUUUUGGAACCUCCAACUUCAGGAGGCUUCUUGAAACUCUCCAAACCCUGCUGUUAUAUUUUCCCGGGGGGAAGAGGGGACUCUGCAUUGUUUGCAGUAAAUGGAUUCAACAUGCUUAUCAAUGGAGGAUCUGAAAGAAAAUCUUGCUUUUGGAAACUUAUCCGGCACUUGGACAGGGUAGAUUCCAUUCUGCUUACUCACAUCGGAGAUGACAACCUGCCAGGAAUCAAUAGCAUGCUUCAGCGAAAGAUAGCCGAAUUAGAAGAGGAACAGUCCCAAGGGUCUACUACCAACAGUGACUGGAUGAAAAAUCUGAUCUCACCUGAUUUAGGAGUUGUAUUCCUUAAUGUACCUGAGAACCUGAAGAACCUGGAUCCUAGCUUUAGGGUAAAAAGGAGUGUAGAAGAAGCUUGUUUUACUCUCCAGUACUUAAAUAAAUUGUCUAUGAAACCAGAACCUCUUUUCAGAAAUAUGGGAAAUACCAUUGACCCCAUCAUUUUAUUUCAGAAAAUGGGAGUAGGCAAACUUGAGAUGUAUGUACUUAAUCCUGUCAAAAACAGCAAAGAGAUGCAAUAUUUUAUGCAGCAGUGGAGCGGUACUAACAAAGAUAAAGCCGAAUUCCUGCUACCAAAUGGUCAAGAACUAGACAUUCCAUUAUCCUACUUCACCUCUGUCUCAUCCCUGAUUGUGUGGCAUCCAGCUAAUCCUGCAGAAAAAAUAAUCCGAGUUCUGUUUCCUGGAAACAGCACUCAAUAUAGUAUACUAGAAGGACUAGAAAAACUCAAACACUUAGACUUCCUUAAACAACCAUUGGUUACGCAAAAAGACCUAACUGGGAACAUUGCUAGUCCAGCUGUGAAACAAGCCAAGUUGAAACAACGAACUGACAGCAAGGAGAGUCUCAAGCCUGCUGCAAAGACACCACCAAGCAAGCCUGUCAGAAAAGAAUCUAAAGAAGAAACACCAGAGCCUGUGAAGCCUAGUCCAGCACCAGAAAAGCCUCAGAAGUUGGAAAGCAAAGAAAAAGUUCCAGUUAAAAAAGAGAAACCCGCAAAACCGGAGACCAAACCUGUAGUGGCGGAAAAAGACAUAACAAGUAAAGAAGAGCAAUUAGUAAAAUCUGAAACUCCUGAAAAACAAACUACAGAUGUAAAACCAAAAAUGUCAAAGGAGAAGCCAGCGAAAAAGGAAGUCAAAGCAAAACCUGAAGAAAAGAAAGAGGAAAAAGAAAAACCAAAGAAAGAAGUUUCUAAAAAGGAGGAGAAAACACCCACCAAAAAAGAGGAAAAACCCAAAAAAGAAGAGACCAAGAAAGAAGUUAAAAAAGAGGUGAAAAAGGAAGAGAAGAAGGAAACUAAGAAGGAAGUAAAGAAAGAAGCUCCACCAAAGGAAGCUAAAAAAGAAGCUAAAAAAGAAGAGAAGAAGGAAAUUAAGAAGGAAGAAAAAGAAGCCAAAAAGGACACAAAAAAGGUUCCUAAAGAAACAAAGAAGACAGCUACUCCUUCAACUGAAGCCAAAAAGCCAGCAGCAAAGCCUAAAUCACAAAAGAAGGAGGAACCUGCUAAAAAAGAAGCUGUACCUGCUGGAAAGCCAAAAGAAAAAGGAAAAGUUAAGGCUGUGAAGAAGGAGAUCAAAGUCAGUGGGACACAAGCUGUUCUUGCAGCAGCUGGAGUCGCUGCCACAACUGCAGCAGCUGUGGCAGCUGCAGAAAUUACAGCCAGUGGAAACGAACUUGAAGCGGAGAGGUCCCUUAUGUCUUCACCAGAGGAUUUAACAAAGGAUUUUGAAGAAUUAAAAGCUGAAGAAGUAGAAACAAUAAAAGAAACAAAACCUCAAGCCUCUCUUAUAGAGGAUGAACUGAAACUCACUGGCACAGUACAAAAAGAGGCCUUCGAAGUACAAAAAGAAAAAUUAGAUAAUGAAGGACCUGCUGAGUCUUCUGAUGAAGGCAUAACUACCACAGAGGCUGAGGGUGAAUGUGAACAGACACCCGAAGAAUUGGAACCUGUGGGAAAGCACAGGGUUGAUGACAAUGAAAAGUUUGAAGAUGAGGGAACUGGCUUAGAAGAAUCAUCUGAAGCAGGUGAUUAUGAGGAAAAGGCAGAGACAGAAGAAGCCGAAGAACGAGGUGAAGAUGAAGAAGAAAAGACACCACUGGACACCACAAAACCAUAUAUGGAGGAACCAAGAAAAACUGAAGAGACCUCGGGAGAAAUAAUGGCUGAAGCAGAUGCUAACAUUAGAGAUGAAAAGUAUAUUGAAAAGGCGGAUUAUGAGGCAUCAGAUGAACGGGCUGAGGAAGACAGGGAAGAAGCAAUAGAAAAGGCAGAAACUGAAGAAACUGAAGAAGAUGAGGAAGACAAAGCAGAAGACAUCAGAGAUGAAGAAGAAACUGAAAAAAUAGAAGCUGAAGAAGAUUAUGUGAUGGCUGUGGUAGACAAAGCUGAAGAAGCUGGUGAAGUUGAAGAUAAAUAUGGCCUACUCAUAAUUACGCCAACAAAGCGCUCAGAGCCUCAGUCUCCAGCAGUUGAACCAGCUUCUUCUAUCCAUGAUGAGACAUUACCUGGUGGUUCAGAAAGUGAAGCCACUGUUUCUGAUGAAGAAAAUAGAGAAGAUCAACCUGAGGAAUUCACUGCUACUUCAGGUUACACACAGUCUACCAUUGAAAUAUCCAGUGAACCAACUCCAAUGGAUGAAAUGUCGACACCCCGGGAUGUCAUGAGUGAUGAAACUAACAAUGAGGAAAGUGAGUCACCCUCUCAAGAGUAUGUGAACAUUACCAAGUAUGAGACAUCCCUGUACUCUCAAGAGUUUGGCAGACCUAAACUUUCUCCAUUUCCAGAUGCUUUUAAUGGAUUAUCUGAAGGAUCCAAAACAGAGGCCACAGAAGGUAAGGACUAUAAUGCCUCAGCUUCCACCAUUUCACCGCCUUCUUCAUUAGAGGAAGACAAAUUCUGCAAAUCUGCGUUCCAAGAUGUAUACCGGCAAAAAGAAAGUGAAGUCCAAGGCACUGCCAAAUUAGACACCAAGGAACCCUAUCAAGAUGAUGGUGGAAAACACAGUCCAGCCAAGAGUCCAGCCGACAGUUUGUCCCCUCUGUCACCUGUUGCCAAAACACCACUGAGUGAACGUAGUGUGAACUUUUCACUCACUCCCAAUGAGAUCAAGGUCUCAUCAGAGCCUGUCCCCGUUGCUACAUUGCCUGAUGUACAUCAAGAAGUUGCUGAAGAGCGCUGUGCAAGCCCAGAAGAUAAAACAUUAGAAGUAGCAUCUCCCUCACAGUCUGCUGCUGGUAGUGCUGGCCACACACCUUAUUAUCAGUCUCCUACUGAUGAAAAGUCCAGUCAGCUUCCCUCUGAAACCAGUGAAAAGUCGACAGAAGCUCCUGUUAGCUUUGAAUUCAGUGAAGUCAAAGAUGAGUCUCCAAAACCCAGAAUAAGCCCUAUGGAUGAGCCUGUGCCAGAUUCAGAAUCUCCUAUUGAAAAGGUUCUCUCACCUCUACGGAGUCCACCACUGAUAGGUUCAGAGACCACUUAUGACACAUUUUUGAGUGCUGAUUUAAAGUCUCCCACUAGAGAUUACGGAAGUCCAUCUGAGGGGACAUCUGAAAAAGAAAAAUCACCUGUUCAGAUGAGCCCAGCUUCUGAAGCCAGCUCUGUAGGCCUUUUCCAAGAAAAACAAGAUGAAAAAAGCAUGGAGUUCAUGGUAACUAAGGAAGGCUUCAGCCUAGAAAGGAAAAUGGAGGAUACAGAACCCAGCAGCUCCCAGUCUUCACUCGUCUUGGAUGAGCGGAAAUUAGGAGGUGAUCUCUCACCUACUCAAAUAGAUAUCAGUCAGUUUGGUUCUUUAAAAGAAGAUACCAAAAUGUCAAUUUCUGAAGGCACUGUUUCUGACAAGUCUGCAACUCCUGUUGAUGAGGUUGUAGCAGAAGACACCUAUUCCCAUAUAGAGGGAGUAGCUUCUGUCUCUACAGCAUCUGUUGCUACUAGUUCAUUUCCAGAACCAACUACUGAUGAUGUAUCUCCUUCUUUGCAUGCUGAGGUUGGAUCUCCCCACUCUACUGAAGUUGAUGAUUCCCUUUCAGUGUCUGUUGUACAAACACCAACAACUUUUCAGGAAACAGAAAUGUCUCCAUCUAAGGAAGAGUGCCCAAGGCCCAUGUCAAUUUCUCCACCAGAUUUCUCACCUAAAACCGCAAAGGCAAGAACACCAGUGCAUGAUCACAGGUCUCCUGAGCAGUCAACUAUGUCAGUAGAAUUUAGUCAGGAGUCCCCGGAACAGUCUUUAGCAAUGGACUUUAGUAGGCAAUCUCCAGAAUAUCCUACUGUAGGCACCAGUAUACACCAUAUAUCUGAAAAUGGACCAACAGAAGUAGAUUAUAGUCCUUCAGAUGUACAGGAGCCUACUUUUGCACAGAGGAUUUCCCCUAUGGAGCAGUCUCAGGAGAAAGAUAUUUCAGAAAUUAUUUCAGUUUCUCAAAUUGAAGCUUCAUCCUCAACUUCAUCAGCUCAUACACCUUCCCAGGUAACUUCACCAAUGCCAGAGGAAACAUUUACAGGGGCUGUUCCACCCAGAGAUAUGUCACUACAUUCUUCUAUUACUUCAGAAAAGGUCCAGAGCCUAGGAGAAAAGCUGUCACCAAAGUCUGACUUAUCUCCACUAACUCCAAGGGAAUCUUCUCCUCUGUACUCUCCUAGUUUUCCAGAUUCACCUCCUGCAAUCACAGAAGCAGCAUCAGCUAGUCAAACACCUUCAUUGUCACUGCAUGUGUCCUCUGUCAAAGCAUUUGGUUAUCAGGAACCCCUAGCAAAGCACAGUCCAGAACCUUUACUCAGCCCAGAAAAAGAAGAUUCAGAUAAAAGCAGCAGGUCACCAGAAGAACUUAGUUACUCUUAUGAGGCCACAGAGAAAACUACUAGAUCACCAGAGGGUAUUAGCUACUCCUGUGAGACAGUUGGAAAAUCUACUAGAUCGCCUGAGGCCACAGAUUAUUCCUAUGACACAACUGGGAAAACUACGAGGUCACCUGAGGCCACAGAUUAUUCCUAUGAGAUGAUAGGGAAAACCACCAGGUCACCAGGGGCCACAGAUUAUUCCUAUGAGAUGAUAGGGAAAACCACCAGGUCACCAGGGGCCACAGAUUAUUCCUAUGACACAACUGGGAAAACCACCAGGUCACCUGGGGACACAGAUUAUUCCUAUGAGAUAACAGGGAAAACCACCAGGUCACCUGGGGACACAGAUUAUUCCUAUGAGACAACAGGGAAAACCACCAGGUCACCUGAGGCCCCAGAUUAUUCCUAUGAGAGAACUGGGAAAGCUACCAGACCACUGGAUACUAUGGAUUACUCCUAUGAGACAACAGGGAAAACUACUAAGUCACCAGAAGCCAUUAGCUACUGCUGUGAGACAACUGGGAGACCCACCAGGUCACCAGAGGCCAUGGCUUACUCCUAUGAGUCAGCUGGGAAAGCCUCCAGUUCACCUGAAGCCACAGAGUACUCAUUUGAGACAACUGGGAGAGCCACCAGGUCACCUGAAGCUACCAGCUAUUCCUAUGAAGCAAGUGCACAUUUCACUCCAGGAAAAUCAUUAGCAGAAUCCCGUCAAGAUGUUGACUUAUGCCUUGUGUCCUCCUGCGAAUAUAAACAUCCCAAAACUGAACUUUCACCCUCAUUUAUCAACCCAAACCCCCUUGAGUGGUUUGCAAGUGAAGAACAGUCUCAAGAUCAAGAGAAGCCAUUAACUCAAUCUGGGGGAGCUCAGCCACCUUCUGGGGGAAAGCAGCAAGGGCGGCAAUGUGAUGAAACUCCUCCCACGUCUGUGAGUGAGUCUGCCCCAUCUCAGACUGAUUCGGAUGUUCCCCCAGAGACAGAGGAGUGUCCUUCUAUCACUGCAGAUGCUAACAUUGACUCAGAAGAUGAGUCAGAAACCAUUCCAACGGACAAGACAGUUACAUACAAACACAUUGACCCGCCACCUGUUCCAAUGCAGGAUCGCAGCCCUUCCCCUAGGCACCCUGAUGUUUCCAUGGUUGAUCCAGAGGCUCUGCCUGUUGAUCAGAAUUUAGGUAAACCUUUGAAGAAGGACCUCAAAGAAAAGACAAAGACAAAAAAGCAGGGUACUAAGACCAAGUCAUCUUCUCCUGUUAAAAAAAGUGAUGGUAAAUCAAAACAAGUGGCUUCACCAAAGCCAGCUAUAAAAGAAUCUUUAGACAAAAUUUCCAAAACAGCUUCUCCAAAAAAGAAGGAAUCUGUAGAGAAGGCAACCAAAAAUAUCCCUAAUCCAGAAGUAAAGUCUCGAGUGGAAGAGAAAGAUAAGGACACCAAGAAUGCAGCAAAUACAACAUCCAAGUCAGCAAAGACUGCAACCACAGGACCUGGGAAUACUAAGGUGGCAAAAUGUACAGCAGUGCCUCCAGGACCUCCGGUCUAUUUGGAUCUGGUGUACAUUCCCAACCACAGCAAUAGCAAGAACGUCGAUGUUGAGUUUUUCAAGAGGGUGCGGUCAUCCUACUACGUGGUGAGCGGGAACGAUUCUGCAGCCGAGGAGCCAAGCAGGGCAGUUCUGGACUCCCUGCUGGAGGGCAAGGCGCAGUGGGAGAGUAACAUGCAGGUGACCUUAAUCCCAACCCAUGACUCAGAAGUGAUGAGGGAAUGGUACCAAGAGACCCAUGAGAAACAGCAGGACCUCAACAUCAUGGUUUUGGCAAGCAGCAGCACUGUUGUUAUGCAAGAUGAAUCUUUUCCUGCAUGCAAGAUUGAACUGUAAGAACGAGAGCAUACAACACAAGAUUAAACUUUGUUUCCAGAAAUUCUUCAGUUUGAAAACACCUUUUCUAAAAAUUCAACCCAUCUAUUUCAACUGCUGAACUAUAUACCUGCCAAUGCUAUACUGUGUCACAGUGAUGCAAGUCACUAAUAUUUUUCAGUCUUUGCUGAUUGCUAAGGGAAAUAACAGUAUUCCCACAGUAGGGUUCAAAUUACUGCGAAAAUACAGAUCCAGUUUCAUCUCCGCUGAACGUUUGGAAACCAUGCACUAGCAACCCCAACUGACUUCUGCCAGGUAGAGGCAUUUGUCCUCUAAAGAAACACAAAGAGAGAGAAAGAGAGAGAGGGGUAGGAGGAGAAAGUAAUCAAUAAUUAGAUCCGCAUUAGUAUCAUGGCAAUAGAUGUAUCGCUUACUGCAGUCUGCUUAUGCUCUCACAUGAAAAGAAAGUUUUAAAUUUGUAUCAGUCUGAGCUAUCGCAAGGGGGAUCCUUUUUUUACAGAAUUAAGUUAGCUCAAAAAUAAAAAGAAACAGAAUGUGGCUAGAAAGGGAUGUACAACCUAAAUGCUCAUCAGCAGUUUUCUACUUUAAUUUGAACUCUGCAUACUGACAUACCAAAACAAUCAUAGGCCAAAUAUGCACGUAGUCUGCACCCCAUCCAGAAGUCUAAAACAUUUCUUUCAACAUGCAGAAUUGUUGGUCUAAGGCAUGCUCCCAGUGAAAGUCCACUCACUCCAGCCAGAACUGACCAGUCCACAUGCUUGCACACCCAUGUCCACUGUCAAUUAACUGAAGCAAAAUACCAAAGCGGUCGGGAGUACAUACAGUUGACAAUUUGCCUUAGGAAGUGACUUGAAUGUAUAGAGAAACUUGAUGCACUUAUUUUUUAAUGUUGAGACAGCAAAUUUAUAAAACAUCUGUGUAGGUACAUAGUUACACCAGUAAAGAAGUGUGAGUGUGCAUGUGUGGUACUAGAAACCUUUCUGACUGGUCAAACAGCUUGGUGCUAUGAAUUACAUAUGUUAGUGAUGGGAACGCUUCAUUGAUGCACCUGGACAGCUCAACAAGGCGAGAUGAGCAUUUUUUUGAAAGCUUCUUUUGUACUGUGGAAGCACGAUUGAAAUGGUGUCCAGUAUCAGAGUUACAAAACUUAGUGAAACUUUCAGAAUGAUGAAAAAGGUUACCUGCGAGCCUGUACAGUAUUCAACCUUCCUUUGUCUUACCUUAUUCUAUUUGUUUAAUUUAAGAGUGAAUAUGGGAACAAAUGUACAGAAACCUUUUUUUUAGUGCUGUGUGAACCUUUAAUAGAUGAAUUUUUAACAAACAUUUUCAUUUACAGGAAAAUGCAAAGAAAAACUUUUCAGGUGAAGGCAAUUUUUUUAGUGGCUUUGUAAGAUAAGUGAAUAAUGUUGUUUAAGGUUCUAGUGAGAAUGGAUAUUGAGGUAAAAUUUAUCGAAAAGAGUAAACUGAUAAUUCUUUUUUGGGGCUAGACGUGUGGAAGUGUGCCCUGGGGAUAAAAUUAAUCUAUUGAUGAUGACAGAAAAUGGGAUUUGGAAAGCUGAUUGCCUAAUACUUACAAGGGUGUAACCUACAUUCUCAACCCUCACAAGAUCUCAAAAAAAGCCAGAGUAAGCAAUAAGCUAAAAUAAGUCACUUUUCCUCUUUCCUCUCCUCUCCUUUCCUUGCUUCUCCCCCUUCCUUUUCUUCUCUAGACUGCUUGCAGAGGAACAACAUCUCUGUUCUGUGAUUUAAGAGAGUUCGGAUUUUUUAGUCUCAGAAGUUUUACCCCAAUUAAAAAAAUCUGUUACAUUGUAGAAGGUUUGCAGAUCUGAAUUUAAAGAAGGCGUAAAGGCCUCUCUAAUGGAGAUAUGUGCUGGUCUGGAUGAUUCAGCAUUAUGGCUGGUAUUAAGUUUCACAAUGUAGUGAACUAUGACCUCAUUUUAUUUUCUUUUCUUAUAAUUUAUUUCAGUUUUACGUUGUUAGCAUACUUUUGUUUAAUAGGUAUAUGUUUGCACUCCUAAUUUUUAUGAGAGGUUUUUUUAUACUGCUUUAGGGUCCUUUAAAUGUGGGCUCCUGAGGCCCAUUUAAUGCUGUGAAUUACUGUUUGUCAGUUGUUGGGGGUUUUGAUUUAUUUUUAAUGUCUUCUCUUUUUUUUUUAUUAUCUCCAGUAAUGCUGUUUUAUUUAUUGCUAUACCUUUUAAGUUGUUAAGAAUAACUCAGAAUGACUAUGGCACAAAAGGCAGGUGGAAAUGUAUUGUGAAAACAAGCAUGUUUGCUGGGCUCAUAAUCAUUCACUUAAAAUUGCUUUUGUAAUGCAUAUUCUACAAAGUUAUAAGCAAAAAGUUUGGCAGAAUAGUUGUACUAUUUCUACAAUUCUUUCUGCUUUGUCUACUUUCUUAUAUAGGUCAGAUUUCAGAUUUUUUUAGUGGGUGGGAACAGAUUUUCUGAUUUUUUGACAGUAUCUGAAACAGUUUGUAUCUCUGCUUUGGUAGAAAAUCUGUUUUAAGUACAGCAGUGGUUCUGAGACUAAUCUCCCUUAGGCCAUUUACUCCUGUGAAUCAGCAGCAAUUUCACUACAAACAGGGAAGUUACAGUUAUGUGGUCCUACUGUAAAUGAAAUUGGAAUCAAGCCUUAAGUCUCCCCAAGCAAGUUUGUGAUGGCUCAAGCAUUUGUUUUUCUUUUAAAAUAAUAACAAUAAUAAUAAUAAGACAGUCACAGCUGGUCUCAAAACGUACAUUUGCUUUUUUUGCUGCUACAAGAAUACUAAAACCCUGGUCUGGCUAUUCUGAACUAUUGUAAUGCCUGUUUCAUCCAUUCCUUCUCAAAUGGCAACAGCACCUGGGUCCAACACAGCGAUGAACUCCUCCAUUAGCUCCUCUUGCCCUUAAUGUCUUUCCUGCCUGUGGAACUAAUCUAACUGUGCUUGUCCUAGAACUACACAAUUAGUUUAGUGUAACAGUCAUCAAAAUGUACCAUGUACAUUCACAAUGGGUGCUGUUGAUCAGCAUAGAUUUCUAGGAGCAUGGUUUGUUAUUGAUUAAUUAUAAAGAUUCAAUAUCUGCGUGUAAAAGACACUCCAUUUAAAUGAUGGUAUUACCCGUAACAGCAUCCCCAGUCAUGAUCUUUAUGCUGUUACUGUACUGCUUCAUGUAAUUCAAAGAAGAAUUAACUUUAGAGAUCCCACCCCACUCCUGAAAUUGGACAGGGCCUCUCUUGCAUGCCUUUUCAAAGUCCUGUGGUGGGCCUAACUUUAUUGACCUCUAUUUUCACCCCAUCUUUCAUAGAAAUCACUUUUGAAUUUUUUUUUUUACUUACUUCACAUACUGUGGUGAAUGGACAUAACUGUGUAUAUGAAUGUGUGGGGUUUUUUAAAAAUUAUCUACGAUAGCCUACACAUUUUAGGAGAGUUCUGGUACUCAUUUACUAAGAUUUAAUCAAUUUGUUAAUUGAAUUUUCAAUCCCUCCCACCACAAGCAAGUCAGCUCCAAAGAGCAUUUACUGUGCAUUUGGGACAUUUCUGUCAUACGCUUCUCUUUGUUCAACUGUUGCCAGAGGUUCUUGCUCAGUAAUGUUUUGAGAGAAAUAGUAAUUUUGUUGGUCUGGAUUUAUUAGAAAAAGAAUAAUGUUUACACUUGGAAGAAACUGUAAGCUUUCAUCUUUUCACUUAAUAAUUGAAAAAAAACCACUAAAAGCAACUAGGGGUAAGCAUUUCUUAGAAUGCAAUUAUAUUAUUCACCUGGUUUGAAAAUGUUUGCUAUUUAAAAUAAAAAAAAAAAGAAAAAAGUCUGUUUGUUGUGAAUUUACAAAAAAAUCUAAAAAAAUUAAGUAACUAAAUAAAACAAUGGCAUAAAAAUAUAGAAAGAAAAAACAAGAAGAAUUAAAAAAGCAGCUUCUCUGCACUAGACUAGCUAGGAGCUCCAGAUGGCAGGAGCUACCUCUUCAAGACUGGGCUGUAAUCACAACAGUAAAAGAGAAAAUCUGAAAUAUGCUUUCACACAUUUGCAUGCAGCCAUUACCUUCCAAACUAUGGAAAGAAACAGUCUUGUUGUUGGCUGAGAAGCACCUCACACACCUCCUCUCUCUUGUUCUGAAUGGUGUUUGUGUCAGUCUGCAGCUGUGUAUGGUAUUAUGUCUUAUAAUCUUGCAUCACUUCUAUUCUAUCCAGUCAUAUCUAAUGUAGAAAAUUAGUUUCCAGUGAAAGUAAUAUGUAGUGCUUUUAUGAUAUUUGUGUGCAAUAUCCCCUCGUCCAUUGAGGAUAUUUGAUGUAAAAGAAACAAAUUCAGUUCCACAAUAAAAUACAAAAGUGGUAAA